GGUUUCAGGUCAUUGAUCCUCAGAUUAAGAUGGACGGAGAUGGUAUGACUUUUGGGGGGUCAUAUGGCUGACUGCUCCUGGAGGUGAUUGGAAGCUAGAUGAUGGUGGCGGAGGCUGGUGGGAUUCGGUUAGUCUAGGUCGACUUUCUGUCUCAGAUGACGGCAGAGAUUUAGGAGUGAAGGAGUCAUUUUAUCUUGCCUACCAAACUGUUUUGUACAUUUAAAAAGCCUUACUGAAAGCUGUGGUUGCUUUCCCCCUGACAACUAUUGAAGCAUGGCUUGAGUUGGUCCCAGAACUGGGAUAUGAUGCAAUUUCUAGUGUGCCACGUGGAGAGAUUUCCCUGAGAGGAAAAACCUUGUUUUCUGGUUACCACAAGCUACAAGGUCUAACCAAAGAUGGGCUGUUGGAGUCACUGUGGCAGUUUCUCAGGUAUCAGACACCGUGGCAGUUAUGGGAUUGAUCUUGUACGUUAAAUCAAGUAUCACAGGUAUUGUGAAUGCUACUGAGCUUAUACAAAGUAGAAUCAUAGCCAAAAAAAAAAAAAAACAGAAUCAUAGCAUAUCAUAUUUUUAUUCAUUUUUCAGUCUGUUAAUUGGAACUUGGAAGAAGUUAAUAUAAGAAAACAGGUCAAAUGGCCCGAAAAGAAAAAUGGGUAAAAAUUGAAAAAAGUGUAAACGAAAAAUGGCCCAUACAAGUCUUGAAACUGUGAGCUUUGCGUUAUUGGCACAAUGCUUUAACCAGCUGAGCUAAUAUGCCAGUUGAUAAGUUGGAUAAGAAUUAGAUACAAGGAGUGAAUAUGGUAGUGGGAUAUGAGCACUUAGAAAGGCUCACUGGUGUGAUUCGAUUCAAAUUAUUAGUAUGAGAUGAUGGCUGAAACUCUGUUUUCACUGGCAUUGACUAUUAAGAGGAACCCAAGCGGUCAAAUGCUUGGUCAACGCCAAGUCAACGAGAAGAAGGCGGGUCCAUAUGUGUGGACUACAUAUCAAGAGGUGUAUGAUGCAGCCAUUCAUGUGGGUUCAGCCAUCAGAAGCCAUGGUGUCAAUCCUGCCUGUGACAGCCAUGCCAUUACAUAUGUUCCCCUUUAUGACACCCUUGUUGCAAGUGCUAAUGCAGUUGAGUUCAUCAUCAACCGUGCUGAAGUUUCAAUAGCUUUUGUUCAAGAGAACAAAAUCCCUGCUAUUAUAUCAAUCCUUCCAAACUGUUCUAUGCAUUUAAAAAUAAUUGUCAGCUUCACAAAUGUUUCUGCCACUCAAAAGAAGGAAGCAGAAGAACUGGGGGAAUCUUGCUUUUUGUGGGAGGAAUUCCUUCAGUUGGGAAAUUCAGAUUCUGAACUACGCCCAAAACAGAGGACCGCUGUGUGCACAAUAAUGUAUACAAGUGGAACGACUGGAGAACCAAAGGGCGUAAUCGUUACUAAUGCAGCAUUAAUGUCAGAAGAAUUGUCAAUAGACGUAUACUUUUCCUAACAAAUAGAGUGGUAAAUAACUUGACACAGUUAACAUCUUCAAUUUUUUAGCUUUUUAUUCUAUCUUGAUGUUUCUGAAUUAAUGCUUACUCUGCCUCUCUAAAAAAAAAAAUAAAUAAGAGAGGCAGAAUAGCUCCUGUAACUUGUCCCGAG